CAAUGAGUGGAGAAGAAGAGAACAACAGUAUUACUUCUGACCAGCACCCUGACGCUGGUAUCUUCAAGAACAACCAUGACUUGAUCGGUGUCACUGGGAUUAUCGAAGCUCAGAAGUAUGAGAUAGAAAAAUAAAAAGCUUCAACUCAGGAUGGAGAAUGAGAAUUACUUAAGAGCUCACCCAGAAAUCAACACUUUGAUCUCCCUGUUUGUUAGGAAAGUCUUAGAUGAAAGACCUGACCAUAUCCUCGAAUUUGCAGGCAGUUUCUUCGAUAGAGCAGAACUCAAAGAAAUUGUAGAGAACACCAUUGAAAAAGACAAGGAAGAGAAAAAGAGAAAUACAUAUCUCAAUGACUUAAUGGAAGGCAAGUCGGGUACUGACUAAGU